UUACAAUAAUCACAGCAGCAGCAGCAGCAGCGUCUCCACCACAACAACCAGCAGCAGAAGCAGCAGCAGCGAUGGCCGCUUUCCGCAGAGUGGCAGCUCUGGCCGGGAAGCUGAACCUCUGGUCGGCGAGGAGAACAGAGCUGGUCGGUGGUCAGAGGCCCGGUGGAGGGAGAGUCCGGGGCUGUGUGGCGGUCGGGAUGUGUGUCGCGGCGGGAGGUGCCGUGGCUCUCUACCUCUACAGCGACAUGACGAGCGGCAGAGGCAGGAAGAGGAUGGAGAGACACAGCAUCAACGAUUUACUGCCGACCAUCCCCCGAGUCCAGGCGAAGGAGAAGGGACGUCCGUUUGACUUUGAAGACGGAGACGUGUACAUGUCGUCCCACGAGCAUCGUUUCCGCAUGUUCAGCUCAGCGGAGUAUGACGGGCAGCUGUACAUGACCCCGCAGAACUUCAUCGAGUCGGUCACCAUGAAUGAACCAAGAAACAAGAGGCCCUGGAGGUCCCUGACCAAACAGGAGCUGGAGAAGAUCCUGUCAGACACUCCCGCAGUAUGGAGAGGAUCCUCUAAACUGUUCCGCAACCUGAAAGAACGAGGCAUCAUCUCCUACACAGAGUACCUGUUCCUGCUCUGCAUCCUGACAAAGCCCCAUGCUGGUUUCAAGAUUGCUUUCAAUAUGUUUGAUGCAGACGGCAACCAGAUGGUGGACAAGAGGGAGUUCUUGGUGCUUCAGGAGAUCUUCCGGAAGAAAAACGAGAAGAAGGGAAGGAAGGGAGAUGCUGAAAAGUCAGCACAGUUGAGUAUGCAGCUCUAUGGAUAUCAGGUUGCCCCCAUGAACAGCGUGCUUAAAAAAGACAGUCAGGAGUUUAUGGCGCGGAGUUACUGGGACGUUCUGAGGCGAAGUGCCAGUCAAGUCCUGUUUUCUGACCUGGCCGAGCGAGCAGAUGAGACUAUUACAAUCGACACCACCCUGCUGGUCCAUUUCUUUGGGAAGAAAGGGAAGGCAGAGCUGACGUUUGAUGACUUCUACAGGUUUAUGGACAACCUGCAGACAGAAGUGUUGGAAAUUGAGUUUCUGACCUACUCUAAAGGAAUGACCACCAUCAGCGAGGAAGACUUUGCAAAAAUCCUCCUGCGCUUCACCAAUGUGGAGAACAUCAGCGCCUACCUGGAGAACGUCCGCCAGUGUAUACCUGAUGAGAAGGGAAUCACCUUCGACGAGUUCAGAUCCUUCUUCCAGUUCCUCAACAACCUUGAGGACUUCGCCAUCGCCAUGCAGAUGUAUAACUUUGCCUCUCGCUCAAUUGGACAAGAUGAAUUUGCAAGAGCAGUGUAUGUAGCCACUGGGCUGAAGCUGACACGUCACCUUGUAAACACCAUCUUCAAGAUUUUUGACGUAGAUCACGACGAUCAGCUCUCCUACAAGGAGUUCAUCGGCAUCAUGAAGGACCGGCUGCACAGAGGAGGCAGGGGCUACAAAGCUGUUGCACGAUUCGUCUCCUUUAAAUCCUGUCUGAAGAAGGAGCUGGCCAGCAGCAGGUGAAGGGUCAACACUACACCACCUUCUCCAGCUGCGUUCACUCUGAGGCCAGGAGACAAGUUCACCGGCUCUGGAGGAGGUACAAGGAGAAGUCGUAGAAGUGGCCGCAGACAGACUGCGGAAGAAAACCUGAAGGAAGACGAUUUUUUUUAGAGCAAGAUGACUGAGGUCUGACUUUUAAAGGCAGUAGCCUGAGUUAGCAGGACACAUCUCAAAAUAAAAAAUAACCCUACAAGCAUGACUGUAGUAGUAUGCUGAUGAUAAGCAACAUGACAUGCUUCUUGUUUUCCCUCUUCUCCUUAUUCCAAGUAUGAUUGACAGAGCUUACUGACAAAGUGGCAUUCAAUUCAGCUUCAUUGUACAAGCAUGGCACCACCACAGCAGUUAGUGAAACUGCAACUGAUUUUUUUUAUUCUAGAUAAUGAAUGUGACCAGCAUAAAAUGUUAAGUCAUUUAUUAUAUAGAUAUGACCAAGCAAGACCAACUGAAAGGAAUCCUUACGUUAUAAUUGUGUAUUUAUGUGACCAGUUGUAGUCAAAGCUAUAUUAUUUUCUUUUAAUCUGUUAAACUGCUGCACUACAAUCUAAAAACCAAGAGAGCACAACAAUGAUUUUAUUAUAAAAUCAGUGUCAUGCUGAUGUUAUCUAUAUGAAAUGGAUAUAAAAUCAUAUUUAUACAAAUUGCUUAACACAAAAUUUGCUGUAUACAUCAUAUUUUUUAUGUUUUGUUUAAAUCUCAUUUUAAUCAUCUCAGUUUUUUUAACUUUGUUAUUUAGUGUAAUCCGAUGCAGCCAGUAGAGUUUUUCUUUGAUUUUCAAUGACUGCAUCUAAACACUGUUGCUACAAAUAGGAAGUAUAUAAUAUACGUAUAAUACCACAGAACUUGGUAUGUCUUCGACCUGAAUGUGACAGCUGGCUACAGACGAGGAAAGAGAUAUUUUUUUAGUAAUUUCAAUAUCUUCACCAGCUUCUAACGUUAUUGUCUUGACUUGAUUUGUGUUUAAGAGUCCUUGAUGCAUGUAUGAUAUACAGAUGUGAUGAAAUAAAGGAAAAACCAGAAGAAAUAGUGGAGGAAUAGGAUGGCAAUGCAUCCAUCCAUAGGGCACUGUGAAGACUUGACCUUGACAGUCACCACAUCUCAGACUGAGAGAUUUUGGAUUGAUGUGUUAAACAGCGUCUCGCUCACUAUCAUCAUGACACCAAAUGAGGAACUAUCUGUUAAAAGAACUCUGUCCAUCUAGUAGCAUCAAUGCCAAGGUGUUAUGAAGUUAUUAUGGCAACCCACACCUUACUAAAUUACUUACAUAGGUUUUUCCUUUAAUUUAUCUUUUACAUCUGCAAACUGUCACGUAACAAACCAGACUCUCCCAGCAAUUAUCAUCACUGUGUAUUUAAAAGAAAAACUGCAAAACAAGUGCAAUAACUCUGUUAUAAAUACUAUGUGUGAUUUAAAUCACCAAACCUUUAAUGUUGUUAUAUAUUAAUAUCUUCCUGAAAAUCAAUUUCCAAUGACUUGACCAAAGAUAAAAAAGAAAAAUAUUAUAUUCCGAGUUGUAAUGUGUAAAUAAAGUUUGUGUCAAGUUAUUGGACAUAAUGUUAAUGGUUCUCUUUGUCUUUGUGUAUUUGUCACACUGUGCAUUAAGACAUUAUUUUGGGAUCACGCGAGAGAGCCGUGCUACUCACUGCGCAUGCGCACUGCCAUGUAACAUAACCACUUAACUAGAAGAGGUGUGUGAUGGAGAUGCUGCACCUGUGCUAAUGCGUACGGAGGAAUUAAAAUGCUUGAAAGGCAAAACUUGUGCAGCAGUUUCACAUCUUCUUUG